AUACCAAACUUGGAUUCAAAAUAAUUUCUUUCCCCACGUAAAUCAUUCUUACUUGCUCAUAAAGACAAACAGGAACCUAAAUAUAGCCACAUUCUAGGCAUUCAUAGCUAUCUAGGUUAAGGUUUGGAGCAUAAUAAGAAGUUGUUGGUACACACUUUUGGUUUUGGGAGAGAUGAGAAAACGCAUGGAGAGAAUUGUUGUUCCUUGCUCUUUCAGCUGUGCUUCCCAUUCGAGUGUGGAAUUGGGUGCACCCAAUGGACCAAAAGAAGAUUCAAAAGCCACUGUUGGUUCAAAAGGACAUGAUAGAUCAAUAGUGAGAGCCAAUAUGAAGAGAGGGAAGCUUUCUGGGUUUCUGGCUCUACCAAAACCUAAUGUAGCUGCUGGCAUACACAGAAUAAUCAAGGGCUUCAAGAAUUUGUCUCAAUUAUUUUUUUACAGAGAGAAUGUGGAGGAAAUGGAAGCUGAGAUGGAGAUUGGGUUUCCAACAGAUGUGAAGCAUGUGACACAUAUUGGAAUUGAUGGGUCAACCAUUACAAAUAAUGUAAAGGGUUGGGACAAUCUUAAAGCACCUGAAUUGUUGUCUCUGUCUCCAAUUUCAUUCAAGCAAUUUGAAUUGGCCAUGGCUACCCAAGCUCAGUGUUCUCUCAUUGAUGAUGAUGCUACUAAUUCCUCAAAAUGUGGUUAAAACAGUUGUGGGAAUGUUUCUAAUUGUAGAUUAAUGGUGAUGAUUGAUGACUAUGUACCUAGGAGUUUAUACAUGCACAGAUUGAAAAUUCAUGAAUGCUUGUGUCUUUCA